AUGGGUUUAUCUGAUGAUUCGUGGUUCAAGGGAGUCACUCGCACCCCAUCCAAAAUUCUGUUCUAUUUCAUGUUCUGGGGGGUGCACUUUGGUAUCUUCGCGGUCGGAUGGUAUAUCCAAGCAUCUGACCAGAGGCUUGUCGCCCUCAAUGCACUCCAAUACUCCGUCUGGAUCUCGAGAGGUGCAGCGCUUGCCCUCUCCGUCGAUGCAACCUUGAUCCUUCUGCCCAUGUGCAGAAAUGUUUUACGAUGGCUCAGACCGCAGAUUAGAUGGCUGCCACUCGAUGAAUCAGCAUGGUUCCAUCGUCAGAUUGCGUACGCUCUGCUAGUAUUCACCGCGAUUCACACAGCCGCCCACUACGUCAAUUUCUACAACAUCGAAAAAGAUCAAAUCCGCCCUGAGUUGGCUGUUCAAAUCCAUUUCACCCGAGCUGGUGGUAUCACGGGCCACGUCAUGCUAUUGUGCAUGAUGUUGAUGUACACCACUUCUCAUCAUCGUAUCCGACAGCAGGCAUACGAAACGUUCUGGUACACGCAUCACCUCUUUAUUCCAUUUAUACUGGCUCUUUACACCCAUGCUACUGGGUGCUUCGUUCGAGACAGUACCGACCCGUUCUCACCAUUCGCGGGCAAACAGUUCUGGGACCAUUGUCUAGGGUAUGAGGGCUGGAGAUGGGAGCUUGUUGCAGGUUCUCUGUAUCUCCUCGAGCGGUUGUACCGCGAGAUCCGAUCCCGACGCGAGACCAUGAUUACCAAGGUCAUCCGCCACCCAUAUGCCGCCAUGGAAAUCCAGUUCCACAAGCCAAGUAUGAAGUAUAAACCCGGACAAUGGAUCUUCCUCCAAGUUCCCGACGUCUCCAGUACACAGUGGCAUCCGUUUACCAUCACCUCCUGCCCAUUUGAUCCCUACAUCAGUAUUCAUGUUCGCCAGGUGGGCGACUUUACCCGGGCGCUCGGAGAUGUACUGGGAUGCGGUCCUGCACAAGCAAAGGAUCUCGAAGGCCUCGACCCGCUAGGCAUGUACGAAGUCGCACUUCAGAACGGACAGACGAUGCCGAAGCUUCGCAUCGAUGGACCUUACGGUGCGCCUGCCGAAGACGUGUUCGAAAAUGAAAUUGCCGUCCUCAUCGGAACCGGAAUCGGUGUCACGCCCUGGGCUUCGAUCUUGAAAAACAUUUGGCAUCUGCGCUCCAACCCCAACCCCCCUCGCCGAUUGAGACGUGUCGAGUUCAUCUGGAUCUGCAAAGACACCUCAUCCUUUGAAUGGUUUCAGGCACUUCUUUCGUCUUUGGAAGCUCAAUCCGCCAAUGCUGCCGCUUACGAGGGCAGCACCGAGUUCUUGCGGAUCCACACCUACCUGACCCAACGCUUGGAUGAUGAUACUGCUGCGAAUAUCUAUCUUAACUCGGUUGGCCAGGCUCUGGAUCCGUUGACUGAAUUGAAAAGUCAAACGAACUUCGGCCGUCCGGAUUUCAAACGCCUGUUCACUGCCAUGCAGAUCGGUCUCCAUGAUCAGACAUACAUGAGAGGCCUACAGAGCGCAUCGGCUACAGAGAUUGGUGUGUACUUCUGUGGACCUAACACGGCAACGAACGAUAUCAGCGACGCGGCCAAGUCUUCGUCUACGAAGGACGUAAAGUUUAAGUUCUGGAAGGAACACUUUUAG